GGAGAUUACAACGAACUACAUACACCUUUAUUUUUUUAAAUUCAUAUAAUUAACUAAUAAUAUGAAGCUUAUUAAAUAACAGUAAACUAUUCUGCUUUUUCCACACAAUUCGAUGAUCGAUCGAUUCAAUUCGAUACUAAUAACUGAAACUUUGAAAAGACUCUUUCGCCUUUCGGUCGUCUUCUUUAAACGGAACGCAGAUCAUAUUGAUCUUUUUGUUUGACAUUUUGAAUUAUUUUGUGCUGUUUCGGUUAAUUUUCGUAUCAUAAAGAUCUCACAAUGGAUUUUAGUAGUACAGGCGCUAUGAGGAGUCCAUUUUCACCACGAGUGCGACAAUCCAUAACAGGGCGCAGGCCCAUGGGUAUAUCGUCAGCCAAGAAAAACCAAAGCAAGUAUAUGCACUCUCCUAUAGAACAAGCUGGUGAUGUUGUGUACAAGACUCCUUUGACCACAAUAGAGACUUAUGGGAUGCCCCUCCCUGUGAUGGUCACAGAAGCCCUGACUUUUGCCAGUGGUGAAGUGAGUGUGCGCCUGUCCCCCUGUGGCUGGUGCUGGGUGGUGUCGGGUCGCCGCAUCGUGUCGUGGCCGCGCACGCCGACACACUCGUCCACGUCGUCUCCAGCGCCGGCUAGCACCAUCGCUAGAGAGCUCACCCUGCCUCAAACUGAUUUAAGCCACAAGGCAGAUCUCGUUGUUCUGUUUUAUGAAGAUGGAGCACAGAUGCCAUCCUGUAUUGGUGUGUCUCCUGAGGGAACGGUCAGAUAUUGGCCUUCUGUGGGGCAGGAAGGAGUGUAUGUGGAUGUGUCAUGUGAGCUGGCAGGACAAGAAUGUGAGAAGCUGGGCGAGUACACACAGGAGGGCCUGGUGCUGGCCACCACUACCUGCACUGUGGUGCUGCUCAACCCUACUGUAGUUGAUGGUCGCGCCACAGUGACGUGUCGCACGCUGCGGCCGCCCAGCGGCUGGCUCGGCGGCAUCGGGCGCCGUGUCUCCUUGUUGUUCUUUGGUUCUAUGCCGGCGCACGCAGACACGAAACUGGUGGGCGUGGUGGUGUUGCCGGGCAGCGGCGAGUCGGAGAGCACGAUCGCGCUGGUGUCGGGCGGGCCCGCGCUGCAGCUGUGGCGCGGCGCCGAGCUGCACGAGCACCCGCUGCGGCGGCCGCUCACUGAGGCCUACGCGCGCACGCAUCUGGCGCCGCAUGGUGAUCUUAACAGCCUUGAGAUAAUGGCUUUGGAUGUUCGCGCAACUGGAAACAAUGGACUGCUACUGCUUAUAGCCACCGUCAAUGUCGCACGCUCACCAGAAAUGAGAUAUGCUAUUGCGCACCUGAGCGUGGAAGACCUGGCGGCGGUCCGCGUGGUGUCGAUGGUGGCGGCGCGCGGCUGGGCGGGCGACUGCGACGAGCCGCCGCGCUUCCUGCCGCUGCCGCACCGCGCGCUGCUCUACACCUCCAAGUACAUCGCCAUCGUGUCCACGACGGUGUCGAACGACAAGGUGGAGUACAUCGACGUGUCGCUGGAGGGAGACCGUCUGUCGUGCGCCGAGCUGUGCGGCGGCCUGCCGCUGCUGUUCUCGCACAAGCACGGAGUGCUGGCCCUCACGCAACACGGGCAGCCCGCCGCCGCUGAGCCAUCCAUAUGCGAAAGUCCAAUGGGCUCACCGUGCCCGUCUGACAUGUACGACGGAAAUCUAUCGCUGUAUGAAAUUGAUCCGCAUGAGGUGAGUAUGGUGACAACGGACGCUUGCGGCAAGCUGAAGACGGCGUUCUUGUUCCACGUGCGGCGGGACGGCGUAGCGUGUCGCGCCAUCAUCGACGAGCUGUUCCCGGCCGCGGCCGAGCGCGACGAGCGCGACGUGGACAGCGUGCUCGACCGCAGCGUGCUCAAGAUAGCCACCGAGAUGCUGGACGACAUCCCGGCCGGGGACCCGCGGUGGAAGCAGCGCGGCGGCGGCGCCACCAACAUCAGCCUGGGCAGCUCGGCGGCGCUGCAGGUGGCCGCGCAGCUGCGGGACAAGCAGCGCGCCUUCACGCUGUUCUGCGACUUCCUGCGCGCCUGCGGCCUGUGGCAGCGCCUGGGCCUCGUCACCAGAGAGGGCGGCGGCGUGCAGAGCACAGAGAGUGCGCUGGGCGGGCUGGCAGAGCAGCUGGCCGCCGCCGCCGCGCUGCGCAGGCUGCAGAGGGCUGCCGACGCGCAGCUCAUCGACGCUGCCAUCUACCAGGUGGUGUGCGGCGCCAGCGCGUCGGCGGCGGAGGAGCCGGAGGUGGAGGCGGCGCUGGCGGCGGGCGCGCUGGCGCCGGCCGACGCGUGCUACCGCCGCGUGUCGCGCGCCUGGCGCGUGCUGCGCGCGCUGGCGGCCGCGCGCCCGCCGCCGCACGACCCCCGCGCCGCCGCGCAGCACGCCGCCGCCACGCUCAACAUACUCACCAGCGUGCUGGGCGCCAUGCAGAGCGCGCGCGCGCAGUGGUGGGCGGGCGCGGCCGCGGCCCCGCCCCCGCCGCAGCUGGGCCCGCGCGCGCUGCUGCCCGCGCUCGCCGACCUGCACAAGCGGGCCGUCACUCAAUGCGCGCACAACUGCCCCGACCCCACUCUCCGAGCGCAAGUAUACGAGGCCGCGGCUUCUCUCGCCGACUUAAUUCUCACUGAUGCAGAGCACCUCAACAGCUCUUCUCAUACGCAGCAUAUGUACGAGAAAAUUCGUCGGGAAGCCAUCCAGCCUUUCAUUGACGAAGGACAAACGGAGCGCGCGGCAGCUCUGGCUGAGAAGUUCAAGGAUUUCGAGUUGUUGAUAGAUAUGUGCGUUAACAACAACGAUUGGGAUAAGCUGUUCUCUUACUUUGACAAGUACUCCAACGAGGGCAUCGAGGCGGUGACGUUCGCGCGGCUGUACAGCGGGCCGGGCGCGUGGCGCGGCGCGCUGCUGCGGCGCGUGGGCGCGCGGGCCCCCGCCGCCCUGCGCGCCUGGCUGGAGGCCGCGCCCGCGCGCGCGCCGCUGCUGGCGCUGCACGCGCUGGGCGCGCGGCAGCACGCGCGCGCCGCCGCCGCCCUGCGCGCCGCCGCCGCGGCCGAGCGCGCCUCCGUGCGGCGCCUGGGCGCGGGCGCGGCGCUGGCGGCGCUGUGCCAGGCGGCCGCGCCCGGCCCCGGCCCCGCGCCCGGCCCCGGCCCCGCGCCCGGCCCCGACCCCGCGCUGGCGCGGCUGCUGGCGCUGGCGGAGCACCACGCGGCGCUGCCCGCCGCCCUGCGCCGCCACCACGGCCUGGACCAGCACGACUCGCGCGUGCUGCCGCCCGAGGAACUCGUGCAGAUGUACAUCGACUCGGAUAGCAAAUCUCUCACAGAAUACGAUUACAAGAAGGCCUUAGACCUCACCGAUUUCAUUGAAGAUAUGGAACUUCGCGACGACUUACGUCUCAGGGUGUGGUGUGCGUGCAUCCGCCACGACGACUGGUCGCAGGGCCGCGUGUCGGAGCCGGCGGACGAGCUGCGCGACAAGAUGUUCUUCAGGCUCAUCGACCUCGUGCACGUCAUGGGUGGUGACUUGGAGCUGCUCCUGCCACCUGUGGAGGACAUCUUGACGGCGCCGGAGCUGGCGGAGCUGGUGUCGGACCCUCGGUUCCACUUCAUCAUAAAGUACGGCUACGAGUGUGUGGACACCACGCGCAACGAGUCCAUGGUGGAGGGUUAACGCUCGGUAUCAAUAUUAGUUAGUAAGUUUAUGGCGCUGUUGUAAAACAUCCAUUUUAUGUUGUGUAUUAGUUACUAUUAUAAAUACUUCUCAGUCCACUAUAUGAUCAGAGUAUAGUAAGAGUUAAAUAAAUAAAACUUACUACCGUUCACAUUACAAAUAAACGGACAAAUAUUUUUUAUUCAUUUUUGUAGCCUCACACCGCGCUUUUGGUUUUUUAGACUCAUAGUUCUGCAGGUAUUCGCAAAUGCUUUUAUCCAGUGAACUGAGAAGUAAAACAGCAUUAUCAAAAAAGGGUUGUAAGUAUUCUGGUAAACAAUACACCAUAUAGUCUUCAACGUUAAAACCUGUCAAUAAGGCAUCCCGAAGCGGAUAUGGUGCGGCCGAGUUAAUGUGGAUUCGUCCUUAAUAGAUUGGUCGAUCUUGGCACAA